AUUCUCAUGCUGUAAGAAAAUUUAUUACUUAACUAGCAAAAAAGUGCAAAACCUUUGAGAAAAAAAAAAAGAACUAGCAAAACCUUAAACCGAAUUCUAAAGAACCAAACCGACUCCGGUAUAGUCAUCCCUUCUUGGCUCCGCAUCCGCCGCAGUUCGAGUGUUCCUCCUAAAUCUUCUUCCAACCCAACCAAAACCCUUUCGCCGUUUCUUGCUUUCACUUAUCUCGCCGGCGUAUUAUUCUGUCAAAGUCGCAAACUUUGUCCUAGAUCUCAAGUGGGUUUCCCAGAAAAGUUCCCACUUUACCGAGAAAAGUCUUUUCAUGGUUAGGACCUUGGCGUCGCGGGUAAAAUGCUAUGGAGAUGCAAUUGGGUAAAGCAGAGAAGAAGAAUCCUUAACACACUCAGUUUCUCGUCGAUUCACGGUCAAUUCAGUGAAUAUCCUCGAAGAAUUGCUCCAAAGCCACUCACACACGAUAAUGUGUAUUCUUGUCUACGAGAGUCACCAUCUGAUCUCAAAACUUUGAGUUACUUCUUCUGGUGCGCGAAGCAGAACAACUACUUCCACGAUGAUCGAGCAUUUGAUCACAUGGUUAGUGUCGUUGAGAAGCUAACUCGGCGAUACAAUAACAUUGAUCGAAUCAUAGAGGAAUUGAAGCUAUCUGGUUGUGAGAUUAAGCCUCGGGUUUUCUUGUUACUGUUGGAAAUAUUUUGGCGUGGUCAUAUCUAUGAUAAGGCUAUCGAGGUCUACAAUGGCAUGAAUAGUUUUGGAUAUGUGCCCAACACUCGUGCCAUGAAUAUGAUGAUGGAUGUUAAUUUCAAACUCAAUCUUCUUUAUGGAGCUCUGGAAAUUUUUGAAGGAAUCCGUUUUCGAAAUUUUUUUAGUUUCGACAUUGCAUUGUGUCAUUUUGCCAGUAGAGGGUAUUUAGUUAUGGUUAGGAUAGUUUUGAAGAUGAUGAUCAGAGAAGGUUUUUAUCCUAACGGUGAGAGGUUUGGUCAGAUUAUUAGACUGUGCUGUAGAACAGGCUGCGUCCAUGAAGGGCUUCAAGUGGUUGGAUUGAUGAUAUGCAGUGGAAUCUCUGUUUCUGUUAAUGUCUGGAACAUGUUGGUUAGUGGGUUUUUUCGAUCAGGAGAGCCGCAAAAGGCGGUUGAUCUGUUCAAUAAGAUGAUUCAUAGCAGUUGGUCCCCCAAUCUCGUGACAUAUACUAGUUUGAUCAAGGGGUUUAUGGAUUUUGGAAUGGUUGACGAAGCGUUUGGUUUGCUAAGUAUUGUGCAAUAUAAAGGUUUAGCUCCAGAUAUUGUUCUUUGCAAUAUGAUGAUACACACAUUCACGAGACUGGGGAGAUUUGAAGAAGCUAGCAACAUCUUCACCAGUUUGAAAAAUAGGAAACUUGUGGCGGAUCAGUAUACUUUUGCUUCAAUACUGUCUUGUCUAUCUUCGUCUAAAGAGUUCGAUCUCGUUCCUAGGAUCGCCGACGGUAUAGGAACAGAUUUUGAUCUGGUAACUGGAAACAUACUCUUAAACUAUUUCAGCAAGAGUGGUCACAAUUUGUACGCGUUGAAAGUACUCCGCAACAUGUCUAACAAAGAUUUUGCUUUGGAUUGUUAUACAUAUACUGGAUAUCUUACUGCGCUUUGUCGAGGAGGAGCAUUUCGCGAGGCGGUUAAGAUGUAUGAAAUAAUAACCCGGGAGAACAAAAGUCUCGAUGCACAUUUUCAUACUGCGAUAAUUGACAGUCUUAUAGAGCUUGGUAAAUACACUACCGCGAUUCAUUUGUUCAAACGGUGCAUCUUGGAGAAAUAUCCUUUAGAUGUUGUGUCGUACACAGUAGCUAUGAAGGGACUUGUCCGUGCGAAUAGGAUCGAUGAAGCUUGUUCUUUGUUUUAUGACAUGAAAGAAGAUGGGAUUGUUCCGAAUGGACGGACUUAUCGGACUCUUAUCUCUGGCUUGUGCAAGGAGAAAGAUAAUGAGAAAGUGAAAAAGAUAUUACGGGAAUGCAUUGAGGAGGGAGUUGAGUUGGAUCCUAAUACUAAGUUUAAAGUGUUUAGUCUAUUGUCUCCAUAUCGCAGAGAUUUCUCUGAAUUUAGAUCAGUUUUUGAUAAAUGGAGAUCGGAGUUCACAGAAGACGUAGAUGUUUCUGAUUCCGAUGAUGAAUUAUCUGUUUCUGUUGGUUGAGUUGGAGGGAAAUGUAUGAUGUACACAAUUGGCGUUGUAAUUCUUCUGUUCACUGUAUACCAAAAAUGAAAUAUCUGAUUUCAAGUAUUUUCAUCUAGUAUAAUAUAUGCUAUCAAUACAAAGACAUAAAUCAUGGAUUUUGACA